UUUUUUCAACACUUUACGCACUUGAAAGGAAAUGGAUCCUAUAGUUGAAGUGGUGGCCCUAUUGCUUGGGUUUAUCGGCUGGGUUAUGGUGGGGGUUGCUUUACCGAAUCGCUACUGGAAGACCUCAACAGUGGACGGGAAUGUAAUCACCACAUCAACGCUCUAUGAGAAUCUGUGGAUGUCCUGCGCAACCGACUCAACCGGAGUGCACAACUGCCGAGAGUUCCCCUCACUGCUCGCUCUCUCCGGUUAUCUUCAGGCAUCAAGGGCACUGAUGAUUACCGCUAUAAUUCUGGGCACAUUCGGCCUGGUGACCACGCUCAUAGGCAUGCAGUGCUGUAAGGCAGCUGAGGACAACCCGAACCUUAAAGGCAAAAUGGCUGGAACUGGAGGAGUCUUCUUUUUGCUCCAGGGUUUGUGUACAAUGAUAUCUGUGUCAUGGUAUGCCUUCAACAUUACCCGGGAUUUCUUCAAUCCACUCCACCCAGGGACCAAGUAUGAGUUAGGUGAGGGACUGUACAUUGGAUGGUGUUCUGGAAUUCUUGCCAUAUGUGCUGGAGUGUGCCUAAUGUUCAGCUGUAAAAGUAACUCUGAUGAUGGAAAACAUGCUAGUGCAUACCCCUACCAGCCCUCCAGAGGAACCGUAUAUUCUGCAGGAGUUUCAUCAAGAAAAGAUGCUCAAAGCACUUAUGAUAAGAAUGCUUAUGUCUGAUUGAAGACCAAACGUUAGACCAGAGCAGUAUGGGUCGUUUAAUUUUAUAUAAAUAUAAAGACCACGGUCUGUAGCUACAGCACAAACAUGUAAAUAUGUACACAGUGUAAGUUAGUUAUAAUCUAAUAGUGAAGCUGUGCCUUGAAAUUUUUAUACUUUUAUAGCCUACAUAUUUUGUCACAUUUACAUUCACAAUGAUUUGUACAGAAAUAAACAUUUGUAUGUGAUUUUGUAAGAGUUAUACAGAUGAUUGACAAAUAAACAAACCAAAGUGUGCUAUUGGGUUGCAUCAAGCCAUCAGAACAGCUUCAGUAUACCUUAACUCGAACUUCAGUAAACCUUUACUACUUUAGAAAGUAUUCCCCUAGUUGGUGAUAAUGGUGGAUUCAAACACUGUAGUUCAAAAUCUCCUAAAGGUGUUAUGCUACUUGGGUAAAGACUCAGUGACUGCAAAGACCUUUGCCUGAAAAUAGAAUCAUGCCAGCAAAAUCCACCCCACAUCUAACCUUAUUAUGUUUCUUUGUUUUUUUGUGUUCAUUUUUCCUUUAUUUGUCAUCCAUCUGUAAAGGUUUUUAGUUAUUGUGAUAUUGUAAAUCCUUUGAUAUUGACAUAAGUUGAUGCUGUCUCUUGUGCCAUUGAAUUAUAGUCAAUACAGGU